AUAGUUCGUACUAUUGUAUUGUUGCUGCAAGAAAAUGGUGUCAAUACUGGGUUUCUCACACUCAACAACUAUACGUACAGGUUGUUGGGUCGCUGUACACCACCACCAGCACCCCUUGAUGAUAUGAUGAGUCACAAGGGCAGGGGGGAUGGAGUAGAUAGUGAAAGCAGCCUACUCUGGCACACCGGCACUGGCAGGUCCGCGGUAACACCUGGUCUUCCUUAGCAUACGCGAAUUUACCUCAUUUCCCUUCAAUCGUUGAGAUCGACUUGUAUCUUUGUUACUGAUCGAGAAAAGAAGAGAUCUUCCGCCGACUAACGCCGUCGCCACCGCAGCUACACUGACAGAAAAUUCCGCUGUUACUGCAACUGUUUUGACCUUUGCUUUAUCAUCAUGAGUGUUGGUGUUCGAGCUGAACCCAAGUUUUUGAGGGAUUCGACUUCCUUGGAAUACAUAUCUUCUGGUCUUAGCUGGGUAUCCCUUUAUUUAGCCUCCAAUAUCCAAAGACGACGAUCAAACGGCUCAUUUAGUCUUACGCAACAGCAACAGCAUGAUCCUCAUCUACAGAAACUGAUCGACCAACAUCAGCAGCAUAACGGCGGUGAUAAGAAAAACAACGAGUCUUCUUCUUGCUCUAACGUUGAAACGUCACAGUCACAUUCUGAUGACAGCGAGUUGGUGACUUUUGCUACGUUUCAGAUCCAAGAUUUUCUAUCAAGCUCUUCUUCUCUGCUUUUGCUACUAGGGUACAAAAAUGGAUUCCAAAUAUGGGAUGUGACGAGUCCGGAGAACGUGCACGAAACGUGCUCAAUACGAGAUACAACGGCCAGCGUUGUGCAGUACAUGCAUAUCCUAGCUGAACCGGAACUCCGUCCUGGAUGUGUGGAUCCCUAUGCUGAAUUCCGGCCCUUACUGGCAAUCAUUAGCGCGAACAAUGACGACCACAUUCGACAGUCACCCAAUGGAAAUCAAAACGACGACGGCUCUUCCCCUUCUCCUCCCAGUAUCGCUCAAGCAAACAUACCAACAAGGCUACGCAUAUUUUCCCUUCGUACACAAGAAGUUGUCAAGGAGUUCACGGAUCUUGCGGAUCAAGGCAUAAAAGUGGUCAACUUGCAGAGCAGCUCACGCUCAAUUGCUUUGGGUUGUAUUAGAACUGAGGACCAGGCAGCUUCGCUUAACAUUCUUUCUGCGCUAGAUCUAGAACAACAAGGCAAUCCACUAACUGAUGUUUAUUAUCAUCACCAUCCUUCUUCAACAAGCCCUGUUUUUGCACUUGGAUCACGAUAUAUUGCCUAUGCCACUACAGCUACCAGCUCAGAUCGCUCAACGAACAUGGGUUUCCUGAGUCACGUUGUCAAUGAUAAGGACGUUAAGGGUGCUGUCAAAGACAUCGCCAAAGAAGUUGUUCAUGGCGUCAGGUCAUUGAGCGUAUACAGCUAUGAUUCGAUCUCCAAUUACUUUGCAAGUACUGACAGCCCGACGUCACCUGCAUCUGCAAACGGUGUAUAUAGCAGCAAUAAUGAAAUCACUGGUGCGAUAAAUGGUAGCAACAAUAUUGGUGCAGAAGCAGGACGACGGCAACGCAGACCGAGCUCAAGCAUCAGUGGCAGCAAUGGAGGGAUACUGUCUGAUUGUUCUUCAGCUUCUUCCUCACAACAAGGAGCAGGAUGGAUUAUGAUCCGAGAUUUGCAGAAAAUACAAUCUGUGUGCACCCAUUUUCAGGCCCACACUAAGCAUGCCAUUACGUCCCUUACAUUCAAUCCGUCUGGAACGCUGCUUCUGUCAGCAUCAAACCAAGGACAUAAAUUUCACGUUUUCUCGCUUGCUUCGUCCUCAUCGUGGUCACCACCAGCAUCAUCAUCAUGGGCACCUACAACAGGAGAGCUAUCAGUAACGCAUUUAUACAGCUUAUCGCGUGGAAUUACAGACGCACAAGUGGAUGACGUACAGUUCUCAACGGAUUCGCUUUGGUGUGCAGUCAGUACUGCGCGUGGAACAACCCAUGUUUAUCCAAUUAAUCCAUAUGGAGGCCCAACUGAAAUUCCUGGUCACGUGCAAGGCAAAGUUGUUAAUUCAAAGCACCAUCUAUAUCCUACCGCUGCUGCUGAUUACAAUCAUAAUCACCGACGCACGACCUCCAACUCGUUUACUAUACUUAAUUCGGUUGCUCGUAUCAAGCAAAGACGAUCGAUGCAAGCCGAUAUUCAAGACUUUCAUAAUAGCACUGCGUUUUCUACAUCACAAUCAUGCACGCCGUCAAAGGCGUCCCUAGAAGCAGAAAAUCAGCAUCAUCGCCCUGAUCAGCCAAGUGCAAUGAUAGCCAAUGCAGGAAUACUUGCAGCAAAGCAGCGAUACCGUGCCAAGUUAGCAACGCAGUUUCUUCCUGUAAGCAAGACACCAUAUUUACUUAGUGGCUCAUCGAUUCCGGAUGCGGCACGUCGAGCAUGGGCAUCAUCCUGGAAAACGCAGGUUUCCAGUUUAAUAAACUCUCCAGGCAAUACGAAUUGGAAAACGUAUUUACCCUGCAACGAUCGAUGGACAGCACUAAACACUCAUGACGACCGCCAUAACGACAAUCGAUUAUUUGGAUUUGAUGAGGAAGAAGAGCAGCAGCAGAACCAGCGAGGCGAUGACGGUAAUGGUGAUCAUCAUUUCGGAGCUGCUACUGCAGGCUACCAAGACAUGUAUUCGGUUCAUCCAGAUGGCAUCCUUACUUUACACCGUUGCUGGCUCACACAAUCAUUAGUCAAAAAGCGGGAAAGCGGGCGCAUUGUUGAAAAACUUGAGCUGAACGUAAAAGAGGGAGACGUGGCGGAAUGGCGGGUCACACGCAAGCCGGAUUGGGAUCAAAUUAAGAUGAACUGCGACGCUUAUCAAAAAAAGAAAAAACAACAUCAUCAACAAAGAAGAGCAUCUGCAGGUGGAAAUGGAGGGGGAGGAUGGUUAUCGUACGCAGAAAUUGCCACAUAUGAUGAUGCUGUAUUUGACAAGCCAUUAUGGAGUCAUCAUUAUCCACAUAUAAGCUUCCAUACAUAUGCUACUACUACUACUACCGCAGCAAUGUAUACUGAUGAUGGUGACGAUCUUUUGUCAGAAAACGGUGGUCAUCAGUUUGUUCCUCCUACAAAUCCACUCGUUCUUACGCAAGACGCACCAGAGCCUUAUGCAAGUCGAGUCGACCGCGUUGGAAGAACGGCAGCGGCUGCAAAAGACGGGGCGGUGCUGGAUGAUGCCUUGUUUGAAUUAGAAGAAAAUCUUUCGAAUGCCAUGGCAAGCUCCUUAUCGCCAUCACCGUCUGGGUUCUUUGGUACAAGUGCUGGAUCGGCUGCGCUUCGACUUCUUUCUCCGAGUGCUGGAUUAGCAACCUCCGGAACGGCUCAUAGUGGAGGUGGAUUGGCCGAUCCACUGUCUUUUGAAAGUGCAUGUCUAGUGAACGUCUGUAAUACACAGUCAUCCUAUCCGAACAGCAGGACCAGUAAUAGCAACACGAUGGAGAAUGCUCACCAUCCCCACAGCGAUACUGCUACCUCGACGACUACCACAGAGCAACAUCACCAGCUUACGUUCAAUCAUGAAAAAGAACAAGUAUACUCGCCUGAUGGAGAUAACGAAAUUGCGUCACCACAUGAUUCGGUCCUUGUGGAAGAUACCGAUCUUUGUGUCUAGGCAGCCACCCACAGUAUUUCAGCAGAUUUAGAA